UUCUUUUUUUUUUUUUUCUCCUUUCCUUACUCUCUCCGAUUCCUAUAUAUUUUCAACGGCGUCAUCGAUAUUCGCGGCGAGGUUCUGGGCGAAUGGCGAUGCAAAGACGACCUUCUUCCGCCGAAAAUUCUAUUUGUAUAAUGAUCGUUUUACAAAUUUGAAUUGAAAUUUUUAAGAAUCUUUCAACGAAGUUAUUGAUGUUCUUCAUUCUUCGAGGAGUCAUCCAACGGAGAUUUCGGUAAUGUUGUGAUUUCUGAUUUGGCAUUCAUUAAAUAAGGAGCAGAUCGAUUUCCGAGGGGUCUUUCUUGAUUUCCUGAAGUAAUAAUACAUCAGGGGAGGGGGAAGGGGGGGUUGCUCUGUUGAUUUCUCUCCUGAAUGCACGGGCGAGAGGAAUAGCAAUGUGCAAGAUAGAGGGAAAUCGGAGGAAGCUUGGUGACUCAACGGCGAUGGAAUUGAAAGCACUAGGAGGGAGCAAGAUCGAUAAACUAAAAAGUUCGAUGGUCUCAUCAGGGUUGAGAGUGCGGCCGUGGUUAAUCCGCUUAACGACGACUGUUAUGCUCUGGACUUGCAUCGUUCAAUUGAUUUCGUUAAGGGAGGUUUGGGGACCUGGGGUCUUGAAAGGAUGGCCUUCUUGUUUUUCUCAUGAAUCUGCGGCCGCUGCUGUUUCUGGUGUUGAGGAAAAUCCCCUUUCAGUUCCGCCCAAAAUAGUAUUUCCUCCUAAACGAUAUUACAAGAACAAUGGCUACUUGAUGGUGUCGUGCAAUGGAGGGCUCAAUCAAAUGAGGGCAGCGAUAUGUGACAUGGUUGCCAUUGCAAGAUAUUUGAAUGUCACUCUUGUUGUACCCGAAUUGGAUAAGACCUCAUUCUGGGCUGAUCCCAGUGAAUUUCAAGAUAUAUUUGAUGUGGAACAUUUUAUCGGAUCAUUGAGAGAUCAAGUACGCAUCAUAAGAGAGUUGCCCGUCAGGCUUAAGAAGAGAAUGGAACAACGGAAGGUCUACUCAAUGCCACCUAUUAGCUGGUCUGACAUUUCAUAUUAUCAUGAUCAGAUUCUUCCGCUCAUUCAGAAGCACAAAGUUUUACAUCUGAACAAAACUGAUGCCCGACUUGCCAACAAUAACCAACCAAUGGAGAUGCAGAAGCUGAGAUGUCGAGUAAACUAUAGUGCUCUGAAAUUCACCUCAGAGAUAGAGCAGUUAGGAAGAAGGGUUGUCAAGCUGCUUAGGGAAAAUGGCCCUUUUUUAGUGCUUCAUCUUAGGUAUGAGAUGGAUAUGCUGGCCUUUUCUGGCUGUACUCAAGGUUGUAACAAUGAAGAAAUAGAAGAACUGACAAGAAUGAGAUAUGCAUAUCCAUGGUGGAAAGAGAAAGUAAUAAACUCUGACAUGAAAAGGAAGGAUGGGUUUUGCCCCUUGACCCCAGAAGAAACUGCACUUACACUGAGGGCGCUGGAUAUUGAUCCUAAUUUUCAGAUUUAUAUUGCAGCUGGUGAAAUCUAUGGAGGACAAAAUAGGAUGAAGAGUCUUGCAAAGGCUUAUCCGAAACUGGUCAAGAAGGAGACAUUGCUAAAACCUUCUGACCUCAGGUUCUUUCAGAAUCACUCAUCCCAGAUGGCUGCUUUAGAUUACCUUGUCUCGUUGGAAAGUGAUAUAUUCAUUCCUACAUAUGAUGGGAAUAUGGCUAAAGUUGUUGAAGGUCAUCGCAGAUAUCUUGGGUUUAAGAAGACCAUACUGUUGGACAGAAAGAUACUUGUUGAUUUGAUAGAUCAAUACAAUAGUGGAAAGCUAAGCUGGGAUGAGUUCUCUUUGGCUGUAAAAGAAACCCACGCAGACCGCAUGGGGAAACCAGCUAAAAGGAUGGUGAUCCACGACAAACCUAAAGAGGAGGACUAUUUCUAUGCCAACCCUGAAGAAUGUUUGCCACCGUUGGAGGAACAAAAUGGGGCUGUUUCUUCUCCAAUGCUGAAGAGAACACUUUGAGGUUUGUAUGUUGGGAUUGUGACAUUUCAGUAGAGAUGGAAGUUGAACUAAUCGGAUCAAUCAAGAUUUUCAAGGUCAUACAUUUGCAUCUAGAAAAGCCCGAGUAUAGUAUAUAAGAAGCCAAUUGGAGAACAUUGUUUUCUUUGGCAUAUAGAUAUUGUUAUUCAACGUGGUCGUUUAUUACCAGCUACCUCGCUGUUACAGGAUGAGAGAAGCACAUAAAACUGCGUAGGACAGGCAUAGUUUGUACACAGAUAGAUUGGUAUUGAAUCGCAGAACCACUUUCCCCCACAGUUCAUUGCCUCACUCCCAUUGUUAGCAUCAGUCUUCAUAUAUUAGCAAAGAGGGGGGGAGCUAUAUAGGGGGGCCAAAAUUGUUUAUUUUACUCUCUUCCCAAUAAGCACAGAAAGAUUCAUAUUUAUGUAUUUAGGAAAGGCCAUAUCGCUUUCCUCCCACCACCUCUGAUAUCUUCUUUUUGCCUUAUGAUAGACAGCAGGCAAUCAGAUUCUAUGGACGAUGAUGCCAUUUUAUUCAUUGAUUUUUAUAUUUAUUCUCAUUUGAUAA